AUGACUGAUUUCUGCGACAUUUUCCAGCACUGGCGAUUCCUGUACUACCUGUGGAUUUUCUGGAGGAGUAGCUACUCCCAUCUCAGUCCAAAUGUGACCAAGAACCGAAAACGGUUUGCUGAUCCUGGUGAGCAGUCAAGUCCCAAGAAGAAGUCAUAUGACAUAUUAUUAGUCGGAUAUUUAAGAGGCGGAACAACUUUUACGGGAGAUAUCAUUGGAUCCAGAAGAAAGGAUAGCUUUUAUAUGUAUGAACCGCUGUACGCGUUGUCAAAGUUUGGUUACUUCAAACCAGGCUAUGAGUGCAGCUUGAAUAGCGAAAGUUGCAGGAAAGGAAAUCAAGGAGAUGAGAAAAUACUUAAAAUAGUUAAGGCAGUAUUCAACUGUGACUCUGACAACUACAAAAAGACCAUACUAAGGUGGGAAGUCGAUCUAUCAGGAGCUUCAGAAAAGGUCAACGAUACAAGUUGGAACAUAAAAUCUAAGAAGUGUACUGAAGCGUGUCUAAUGAAGUAUCUAAACCUAUGCCCGACUUAUGGUUCAGUUGUUAGCAAAAUUCCUAGACUUAGUGUCAGCCUGGCGGUUAAACUUUUAGAGAUGUUACCGAACUUAAAAAUAAUACAUCUUUUAAGAGACCCAAGAGCUAUUAUGAACUCAAGAAAACAUCUUAGAUGGACCCCUGUACCAGGAGGUGCCAUAUCCUUGUGUAACAAAAUGACUGAUGAUUACCUGGCGUCACAGAAAGCUCAAAUAGCCUACCCUGGGAGAUUGCAGAUUGUGUUUUAUGAGGAUAUUGUGACACAACCACUGGAAACAUUAAAGACGAUAUAUAACUUCGCAGGGUAUGAAUUUGAUGCUGCUGAACAACUUCGGCUAGAUAAGAUGACAAACAACUCCGCCAGAAUCGCAACCAAUUGGAGAAAGGUGAUUAACAAUGUUGUACUGAGCGAAACAAACAAAGCUUGCACUCAUGUUUAUCGGCUGUUCGGAUACCCACAGUUAACGGAUCCAUGGAAUAAGAAUACUAGCUUUCCACUCAGAAUUAAAACAGAGUACGAACAAAACCCGUAAUAUAUUAGAUAUACGGAGUGCUGUAAAAUAUCUAAAUUGGUUAUUGGUCGCGUUCGCGUUAAUUACUUUAAACAAUUACUUACAUUAUAGGAUAUGUAGGAUAUGGUACACUGACCUAGAUGAAUACAUUUAUGAUGACAUGGAAAUACAGUGGCUCCUAUAUGUAUAUGGAGUAUAGUGGUAGCAAGUUAUCAACUCAAAUUUCCACAGAACCUCACUCUAAAAUAAGCAAUUGUGUAAUGUAAGCCCUAUUUAUUCCCAUGUCAACAACAACAACAACAACAACAACAACAACAACAACUCUUUUCAUUGAUAGAAGAAGCGUAACAUAGUUGUUGGAAAUGGGUAAAAAGAAUGUAAAUGAUACUUCUUUAACGGUUCAAUUUUUCGCAGUUUUGCCAAAUAUUUGAUAUGGAAGUGAUGGGAUUUUCGCAGAAAUUGUGAAACGGAUAAAAAGUAUACUGUCAACAGUAUUUACUUCCAAUGUAAGCAAUACAUAUGAGUUCCUCGAGCAAACUGUGAAACGGGCUGUUAUUGCGUGAAUAAUUUUAACUACCAAGGAAAGCAAAAAAAAAAAAAAAAAAACCUUUUUCGAAGAAAUUGUGUUUUUUAAUUUUAACAGUAAUAUACUAACGUCACGGACUUGUAUAUUAGAAAGAUUUGAUACUUAAACAUCUCCAAGUAUUUCUUUACCCAGUCUCGUGCAGCGAUAUUCUACGGGAUUCGAUUCGAAGCGCCACUUCAAAUAAAUAACCGUAUAGCUUGUACAAACGUCAGUGUC